CAACCCAGACUUCUCCGCUUUUCCCGUCCUCCCCCUCCAUCCCCCCAUGCUUCAACCUUAUCUCGACCUCUGCCUCUGACGGGAGUCUGGACUGUCUCCAGUGGAGGUGGGCUAAUUCAGAGCUUGAUUGCCUGGCUCGCGACCGGCCAUGCUUGAUUGGCCAGACAAAGUGCCGACUGCUCCCCCCCAAAACCCCCCACCACCUUCACGCACUUCUUCCGCACAUGGGGGCCGCGGCAUGAGGUCAUGGCAACCGUCUGCACCCAAAAAAACACCAUGCUGCUUCGAUGCCAUUGUUUAGCCACCCCUCGCCGCGAGCGAGAAUGGCCAGUUCCGCAUGCGGCAGCUCCGGUGGCAUGCCAUCCAGGACAAAGAACACAACUGUUCUGGAAUAGGGGGAUACGGCCACAGGCAAAGGAUACAACGCCCUUUGUGUUGGACCUCGGGCAAAGAAGGCCAACAUGGAGAAAAGGAAGCAACACCGCGACCAGGUACAAGGUGGAUGGCCAGUCUUGACCAGUCGUCCAUCAUUCGUUGCUGCAGCGCCGAUAUUGCGUCUGCGUCGCGUUCAAAAUGGCAGCAAAGGAGCUUCCCCGGCAUAUCGUCGACGAUUUCGGGGACCCGGUGCCGGGUGACUCGAAGAAGUGGCGGGAUUAUCCGUAUGCGAAUUUGCAAUUGCGCGAAGCAACACAAGGCGUCUACAACGAGCAAAGCGAUGACAUCUUCGCCAACAAUGGCAACGAAGACGCCGCCGUCAUCAAUGCCAUGUUUGACGCAUACAGGACCGUUUUUGACCCAGAUCUCGACGAAAUUCCGGCAGCAAACAGAGACCUCUACCAUGAUGUGGACGAACUGUUCACCGCCGAUAUUCUAAAGAAGUGCCACGACGGUCUUGUUCUGGGACGAAGGGGAGAAUAUCUGCAUGGCGAACAUUUGUAUGCAUUGACAGUCAGGCUGUUGCACUUGGCGCAGAGGGAUAGAAACGCCCGCCUAGGUCCAGGAACGGGGAAGCCGACAAGCCGCAAACCCGCAGCAUGGUAUAUUUGCCCCAAUGAGGCGAGUGUGAUGGUUCCGAGCCCAGUGGACCAUUCAGAGGCUCAGGCUCAACAGGCUAUAGACGAGGCGCAGCCCUACUUGAGCAGGCUGAUAGACGCAGAUUUGCGCUUCCAAUAUGAGAAUGUGGUGGAGAGGUUCAAACAGGCCAAAUUUACAGCCCACUUCGCCAACCGAAACAAGGCUCAUUGGAUGGCCUUCAUCCUCCACAAGCCAAUAGAUGCGACGAAGAACUGGACCGCAUUUUUAUUCGAUUCGUCCCCACUACCUUUGAAUUUACAGGAGCCAGGACAAAAAUAUGCCAAAAAAGCGUUUGUGAAGUGGCUCGAGAUCAACUGCCCACAAGACACACAGCGGGUUAAAAACGUGUCAUAUGACGGAGAGAAGCCCAAAUCUCCUGGCCCUGCCCUGAUAUUCCUCGACAGGGACAUUUCGACACAAAGCGAUAACUGGAGCUGUUCCCUCCAGUGUAUCUUGAAUAUCUUAGCUUUUAUCCGAUAUGGGUGUUGGGGUUGGGACAUGAUACCGCAUCUGAGAGGCAAAUCGAACAGCGAGAUGGUACAGACUAUGAUGAAAAUUCUCCACAACAUCAUGGCACUCAAAGUCAACAAGAACAACCUAGCGGAUUACAACACCGAGAACACUAAAGGCAAGACUUAUCGUCAGACACCGGUCCUGUUGAACCGAGUAGACCCUGAAGAUGAAGAGUGUAAGCAGAGGGCACAGAAGGAAAAAAGGAAGAAGGAAGAUGAACAGAAGAGGGGGGGGCAAGCGGAGAGAGACAAAGACGAGCAGAAGAAGAAGGAGUGGGAUGACAUGACGCGUAUAUACGAUGAGGCGCAGAGUACUUUACGGACGGAAACCGACAAGAGGAAAAGAGCGCCGGCCAACCAGGUCGUAGCCGAGUGGCCGAACAAGUUAAAAGCGUGGGGAGCAAAGUGGAACGAGACGGUAAGAAGUAAUAGCAAUGAAACUGAGGAAGUCAAGAAGAAGGAGGCCAAAAGGAAGGAAGCCGCAAGGAAGGAGACCGAGAAGCAGGAGGUCGAGAAGCAGGCAACUGAGAAACAGGCAACUGAGAAGCAGGCAACUGAGAAGCAAGCAGCCGAGAGGCAGGCGGCCGAGAAGCAGAAGGCUGAGAAUCAGAAGGCCGAUAGACAGGCAGCCGAGAAUGCAAACAGAGAGAGCUGGACUUCAGGCAAUCCAGACAGUUCAGACGACAAGUCGGACGGUCCAGGCGGUGGAGGCGGUGGACGAAAUGGUGGAGGUGGCCGGAGAGAUGCGCCUAAACGGAAGCGCAGGGAACACAAGUACCAGGGACCCAACAAUACUGACUAUCUGAAUCUGGGAGGGGACAGAAUCAUCAAGCAACUGAGAGACGCCCGUCAGCCUGUAUUGGUCGUGGACAAGGAUGUGCCUGCAACGGCGCCGGGCUCAGAUGGCAUAUACAGACUCUUCGAUCGGCUUCUCGACCUGCCUGAGGUUGCGAUGUUUCCUACCGAAAUCCAUAGCAAGUUCCCCCCCCAUACCUAUCCGGGGAAGGAACGGAUGACAAAAGACACAUUCAAUGCCUUUCGACAUUACGAGCAGGCGCUGAGAGAUAUAAGGAAUGGUCAGGCCAUCCAAAAGGAAGGGAUUGUGCCGCUGGCUCUGAGGCAGCUGGCUUCUCUGCAGGCCCAUGUGCGAACCGGACUCCAAAGUUACUCUCGAGGGCUUUGGUUCGUGCUUCCCACCCCGUAUGUGCUGGUCGUCCCCGAGCCUGGGAAGGCCGGCCCCCCUUUGGUACGGUUGGGAGAGUCUAGAGAUCGAAAUGACGGAUUCUAUUAUUCCCGUGCUGAACACGAGGCGAGAUUCAAAAAGGCGGAAUCAACUAUUCAUUUUGUUUACUGGGAAAAGACCAAGCACUGGGCCGUCAUGUUUCGACAUCCUCUACAUGGACAUGCCCUCUACGACUCUGAUGUUACAUUUCAAGGCGACCGGCUGUCGACGCGACUGGAGGAAGCCGAUGAGGCCAUGAAAGCGUGGCUCGGUCAUAACGAGAUUGCGUUCGGCAAGAGCCUCCGGCCUAACCUUGUCAAAACUCGACCUUCUGCUUCCGAGAGCCACUGGGACAGCGGCCUCUUCGCGCUCCUCAACGUGGUCAGUCGGGUACACUACCGCUGUUAUGGCUGGCAGGGGCUGCCCUUACAAGUCUACCCGGAGCAUACCAGUAUCGCCCUCCGCCGCCGUCAAAUCAGGGCCCUCCACAACCUUGUCGGUCUCCAAAUGAGCGAAGGCAUUGAUACCACCAGAAACUACAAGUCGCCAAUUCAACCGAGAUUUGAUUUUGUUGCCCACCCCCACUAUCCGACCCAGCGCUGGGACGGCAGAAACGAGAGAGACAAUGCCAUUGCCCUUCUACGGCCGCCCACUGCUUCAACCAAAAAGCCAGACCGACCGCAGUACAAAGACCGUGGUCAGAAUCCCAGACACCUAAAGCGCAAAAAGACCACAGACACAGCGGCCACGCUUGUUCGGGAGAUUGGGAAAGGGGAGGGCCAUGGUCCGGAUGAGAAUCAGCCGAGUCCGGAGACGGCGAGGUCGGGGGCGGAAGAGGUGGACGCCGUGGCGAUGAGCCAGUUUGAUGGCUCGAAGGAAAAUAUGACGACACUACCCGAGUCUGAACUGGAAACUGCAAAGCUCCGGGCCGAAAAUGUCAGGCUUCUGCAAAUGAUCGCAGCUGACGAGGAGGAGAUCGCUCGAUUGGACGUGAUCAACGACGCGUUCAAGAAAGAGGUCGUUGUGCUGCAAGCAGCGCUUGAGACUGAGAAUAUAAACGUCCUGGAUGCAGGCUGGGCGACCGAUCGGGAAAACGAGAUAUUGAAGAAGACGAGGAAAAAGGCGGUAGAGUCGGUCACGCCCUUUGAGCUGUGGAGAGAUAGGGAGUUUGGCCGUCCCGAUAACCGAAAAGCCAAGAAAAAGGGCGAAGAGUACAUCCUGUUGUUCGAGCAAGGCUUUGGUGAUGUGCUGGACAAGCUCUUGGCCUUGGACGAUGAUAAGUUGAAGGCGUCCUUGCGCAGGUUCCGGGCCGAGGUCACCAAGGCAGAACAACCGAAUGCUGCUGAUGAGGAUGUCUUCGGAGCCCAGCCAACGGCCAAACCGGAAAGCAAACCGCAAAAGCGACCUCCUGGCUCAUAUUAUGUCACUGAUAGAGCGACGGCAGCGACUAGCACAGCGAGUCGUCCAACAACAGCAAUAACCUCCCGCACCAUUCCCGGGUCCAACAUGAGGCCAGGUCUACCGACAAUUGAGGAGAGCUCUUCCAGCCGUGCCGAUGAAAGCUCAACGACAGCAGCCCAGCUGAGAAUGCAAGGUCGACAAUCGUCAUCGGCUGGGGGUAGCGCAAAGCAUGCCGAAAUCUUGGACUUUGAAGAGUGGCUGCUAAGGGGAGGUGCCGUUCUGAGGGGAGGUGCUCGGCUGAGGGGCGGUCGUCCGCUAGGGCAAGUUAUGGAUGCCGACUACGAACUCAACUGGCGAGCCCGCCGAUUAAAGUCGCUCCGGACAUUUUAUGGCGAAAUGGAGGCGAAAGACACGGAAAAGGGCGAUGACGAAGGCGCUGCGUGGGCGAGGGAUAGAAUGGAAGAUUGCGCAGAUAUGGAGAUGUGCUGGAUCGGUUGGAAGCACAAAUCCGAUGCCUUGCUCGAAGGCGAAAGACAAGCUAGUCUCUUUAGGAGUACGCCCAUCGGCGUGGGCGAAAGACCGGACUGGUUCCCAGAUGAGGUUGAUGAGGAUCUUGACCUUGAUCUCUUGGACAUGGAGACCAAAGGUAGCUUGAAAGCCUACGUCUCGGAGUACCAUGAGAGGUUCAAGGGUUUGUUCCGGGUCUCGGGCGAUAAGGCACGGCGCGGGUCAGUCAAUGACACCGAUUCACUGCUAGGCAAGACUGCGGCGGGUCGUCGACUGGGCAGUAGGACCCCUCCUCAUGGGAGAGGACCACAUGCCACAGCGACUACUUCACUGGGAGGAGGACGACAGACCACAGUUACUCCUUCUCAGGGAGGGAGACAACAGGCUACAGUGACUCCUCAAGGGCCACAAGUCGGUGGACGUGUAACGGGAGGGCAACAACCUACAGUAACUCCUCCAGGGCCCUCCGUCGGCGGGAGUAUAACGGCAGGAAGACGACCUACAGUCACUCCUCAAAGGCCCUCCGUCGGCAGGCGCAUAGCGGGACGACAGCCUACAGCAACCCCUCCGGGCCCUACUCAAAGACGACCUGUCGGCACAGCCACGACAAAAACCCCCACGCCACCUCACCCUUUUGCGGGUUUCACCCGGACGGCACCAAGAGUAAAACCUGCCGUCCCAGGUCAGAGCUCCUCAACCGAAGUCUCGGAAGAGGAAGAGGGGAACAAGAUCGAUACGACGCAGCAGUCCGUCGGCAGCACCACGCCCUCAAUGCCGCCGCAGCCGGGGUCUCUACGGCACCUCUCCUUCCGACCUCGCCCGAGUAUAGGGGGGGUGGUUCAGGGAGGGCGACGGUCGGGGCUCACACCGGAUAGGACGGUCCAUUGUGCGACUGGGGUGACGGUCAUGGAGUAUGAUGAUGACCCGAGCACGCCGGUGUACGAGAGGUUUAGUGACGAGGAGGAGGAGAAGGAGGAGGAUGAUGCUCCAGCGCCGCAGCAGAUUGCGGGGAGGAAGAGGUCGAUCGAUGAGACUGGGGAGGUGGUGGAUCAAGGGGGGAGGAAGAGUCCCAAGAGGCCGAAGCCUACUGUGGAGGGGGGGUCUUCUGAGUCGGAGGAGCUUUAGGGAAACAUGGCAGGAUAUUGAUUGUUGGUUUAGUUUGUUUGGAUAUUUUGUCUUUUGGGGAAAAAACCGUUUGGGGCUAUUAGGACUUUUUCAUGUGUUUGCCGCAGUUGUUUUUGUUUAGUAUUUUGAUAGGUUUUAGCGGGGAAAAUGCAUUUAGUAUCUUUGCGCGGUGGUAACUAUAUG